CUUAUUCUAUUGAACUGUCGCGCAAUCUCUCUCUAUUCUAUAACAGUUCGAGUUCGGUUUCCAAGAAGCUCUUAACUGUGUUCUGUAAAUCUGUAGGUUUAUUACGUGGUAAUAUUGUGUCUUUCGGUGAUUGGAUACAAUUUACAGCAAAAUUAAUAACUUGGAAUGCUAAUAAAUUAAAGUGUUAUUAAUUGACAAAAGAGCCCCGGAAAAAUUUAUCAUGAAAAUGGUUCUGUCUCAACGCCAGCGAGAAGAGCUUAAUAAAGCCAUCGCUGACUACCUGAGCACCCAGGGCUUCAGGGACUCCCUGGAAGCCUUCAAGAAGGAGGCCGAUAUGCCCGGCGAUGUAGGCGUCAAAUUCGGUGGAUUGUUGGAGAAAAAAUGGACUUCCGUUAUCAGGCUACAGAAGAAAGUUAUGGAGCUCGAGUCGAAGCUGAACGAAGCGGAAAAGGAAUAUAUACAGGGUGCGCCGACUAGGAAUAAGAGGAAUCCCGCAGAAUGGAUACCCCGACCCCCAGAAAGGUUCAGUUUGACAGGUCACAGAGCCCCAGUAACAAGAGUAAUAUUCCACCCCGUGUUCAGCAUAAUGGUUUCGGCCAGCGAAGAUGCGACCAUGAAGGUUUGGGAUUUCGAAACGGGAGAAUACGAGAGAACGUUGAAAGGUCACACAGAUUCUAUCCAGGACAUCUGCUUCGACUCGACCGGCAAACUGCUCGUAUCCUGCAGUGCAGAUAUGACCAUCAAACUGUGGGAAUUCCACCAGAACUACGAUUGUAUAAGAACGAUGUUGGGACAUGACCACAAUGUGUCUAGUAUAGCCUUUAUGCCAGGAAACGAUUAUGUCGUCUCGUCCAGUAGGGAUAAGACUAUCAAAAUGUGGGAGGUUCUGACUGGUUAUUGUGUUAAGACCUAUGUUGGACAUAGAGAAUGGAUAAGGAUGGUCAGGCCCUCCCCCGAUGGCUCGUUACUAGCGAGCUGCUCUCACGAUCAAACGAUCAGAAUUUGGGCUGCAGCUUCGAAAGAGUGCAGGACCGAACUCAGGGCUCACGAACACGUCAUCGAAUGCAUCGCUUGGGCCCCCGAAUUAUGCGCUGGUGCCAUCAUAGAAGCUGUCGGCGUGGACAACAAGAAAGGAGCCGCCAUGGGACCUUUCCUCGCUUCUGGAUCCAGAGAUAAAUCCAUUAGGAUAUGGGAUGUGGGUGCAGGCUGCGCACUGUUCACCCUCAUAGGCCAUGAUAACUGGGUCAGGGGAGUUGUUUUCCACCCUGGUGGUAAAUACUUAUUAUCAGCUAGCGAUGAUAAAACCAUAAGGGUUUGGGAUCUGAAGAACAAGCGCUGCACCAAAAGCCUUGAUGCUCAUAAACAUUUCUGCACAUCCUUAGAUUUUCACAGAUCCCAUCCGUUUGUAAUUUCAGGAAGCGUGGAUCAAACAGUAAAAGUAUGGGAGUGCCGUUAAUUGAAUGAAGGACAUUCUGUUCCGCAUGUCCUUUGGAGAUUGACAUAGUCAAUAUUGUGUAUAGUUAUACUCUUUGCUUUCAAUGAAUACUGGUUACCUGCGAAUAUUAGAAAACAGGAAAAUAUUCAAUAUUCGCUGAAUGUAAUUGAAUUUUUGUGGAGCAAAAAGGAUACUACAAUACAUUAAAGCUAUUAAAGUAUUGAAAAGUUUAUUUAUCAGGUAUUUAAGACUCCUAAUUUGUAAGUUUAAAAUCAAAAUGAUAUAGUUCAUAAUUAUUUUUUUGCCCCAACAUGAUUUAUGCCGUAGGUUUUGUUUUCUUUUUCAUGUGAUAUUUUUUAAAUGAUAGAACUUCUAAGGCAGAAUCUAUUAUCAGUAGUCACCCUUGCUUCAAACGUAUUUACUAUCACAAUAGCUGAGAUUUAUUUUGAAAUUAUCUACUGUUACGGAACAUGAAUUUUACUUUGUACUGAAUAAAUUAAACUGUUUUAUUUCCAUUUUAUUUUCAUUUUCGUCAAUAAUUCUUAGGAAUGAUUAUGUGUUUUUUGGAUGGAACUAUUUGGAAUUGAUACUGCUCAAAUCGAUCAGAUGCUUUAGAAUUUUUAAAAUUUGAUAUGAAUUUUCAUCUGAUGUUCUGUCAUCACUAGUACACUGAUGUAAUAGCUUUGUUCGUACAGAGUUUAGAAUUACACUGGAAAUGGAGCUCAAAAUGUGCAAUAUACUUCGAAGUUGGUUCUAAACGAUGUUGAAACAAAGCUAAUCCCCAAAUUUAUUUUUUAAAUUAUGUAUAUUGAAUACUGAUAUUCACAGUGCUACCUUUAUGUAUGUUAAUUUCUUUCCAAGUGCAAGAAGAGUCUUUCAACAUAUUUGUUGAUAAUUUCAAAAUAUAUAUGCUUAACUCUUAACAUAUGGUUAGAAAAAAAUACAAUGUAGUCGAUGCUUGUUGAUGAAAAAUAUAAGGUAAGAUCAUCGUGAAUCUCCCAAUCUUUUUUUUAUGAUUAUAACAAAAGUAUAAUAAAAAACGUUAAUUUCAUGAUGAAAAUUUUAUUAGAAGUGGCGUGUUGAAUAUAAAGUCAUCAAUACAUAUUUUGGAGUGCCAACGCUUCAAAUUUGUAAUCGUAUCUAAGUAGAUUGAAUAUUCUUAUAUUGAAAAAGUACUUAUCGAUUACUUAGGUACUUGUCAUCACUCUGAUAGAGAAAAUUUUUGUCAUUGUGUUGAUAAAUUUUCUCUUAUGUGUUCUCUUCCAUAAUUUGUUGGACUAGUUAAUUUAGAUAUUUUUCUAGGCUGUUUUAGAUUUGGUAUGAUAUUGUUAUUUUUAUUGUAUAAAUUGGGCUAAAGAAAUGUAUAAAUGGCUUGCUUAUAUUAUGCAUGUGCACAAUAUAAAAAUAACUAUGUACUUGUGAUGCAUAUUGUAUUAUCUAAUUAUUCUUCCGGAUACAAUUGUGAAUAUGUUUCCUUCUGUAUAUAAAGAAUUCAUUCCUCUAAAAA